AUGAGUUCAGGGUAUUUGAGUAAUUUAUUGAAUGAUUUGGAGAAGAUAAAUAAGUUCAUAAAUUCAGUUUCAGAUGGAGAUAAAAAGGGAAUGUUAGAAUCUUUUAACGGAUUUUCGUGGGACGAUGAACUAGUUCGAGAUCAUUUACCAAAAUAUUGUGAACUAAACACAGAGGAUCUAAAAUAUAUUGACGGAGUCUUUUCACAUCUGUGCCCAAAAUUCAACCAGGUCAGUAGUCCAUCGCUAAACACCAUGGCACUUUGGCUUAAAACCAGACUCCACCUUCAACAUCAAUUGUCACCUUUUCAUCUCACUUAA